AUGGAAUUGUCAGAAUAUCCUGAUUGCGAAAGUCAAGAAGAAGACCGCUUUAUCCUCGUCACGACUAGCGAAAUGAGCGGCGAAAAGAACCCGGAUUUGCAUCCAGAAUUAGGAGGUCCAGCAGAAGAGGUCGUUGCCGCGGUCGAAGACGGUGUCGCCGUCAAUGCGUCCGGUUGGAAAGACCAAUUGAGCCGGCAAUAUGGCCUGCUUGGUCUCUGUGGGAUCGCUCUCACCGUUGACAAUGCCUGGGUUGCGCUGGGAAGCUCCAUUUCCGUGUCUAUUCUCAACGGUGGUCCUCCUGGCCUGAUCUUUGGCCUGAUUGUGGCAGCAUUUUAUUACUCCUUUAUCGGGUUGAGCUUGGCGGAGUUCGCGUCCUCUGUGCCAUCAGCUGGAGGAGUCUACCACUGGGCCUCCAUCACCGCCGGCCCCAAAUGGGGUCGCAUGGUGGGAUUCUUCACCGGAUGGAUCAACUUCUUCGGCUGGAUGUUCGACCUGGCCUCGCUGAUCCAGAUCACCUCCAACAUCACCAUCCAGAUGUACUCGACUUACCACCCCGGCUUUGUUCUCCAGCCGUGGCACACCUACGUCACCUUCGUCCUGAUCACCUGGCUGUGCACCGCCUGCGUCAUCUUUGCCAAUCGUCUGUUGCCGUACACGCAAGACGCCGGCAUGUUCUUCGUCCUUGCCGGAGGGAUCGUCACCAUCAUCGUGCUUGCAGCCGUGCCUAAAACCCACGCCUCGUCGCAGUUCGUAUGGGGUUCGUUCACCGAGAACAACCUGACCGGAUGGACCGGGGGUGUUGCGUUCCUGUGCGGCGUGCUCAACGGCGCCUUUACCAUCGGCACGCCGGAUGCCAUCACCCAUAUGGCGGAGGAGCUGCCCCAUCCACGACGGGAUCUGCCAAAGGCAAUCGGCCUGCAGAUCGGCCUGGGGUUUCUCUACGCGUUCUGCUUUGCGAUCGCCUUGUGCUAUUCCAUCACCGACAUCAACGCCCUUUUGUCCGGGAUUGAUGGCUAUCCACUUGCAGCGAUCUAUUCGCAAGCCACAGGCAGCGCUGGAGGGACGUUUGGUCUCCUCUUCAUCAUCUUCUGUUCGUCUAUCCUCUGCACGGUUGGGACUGUCUUGACGAUAUCUCGUACGUUUUGGGCGCUGGCCCGAGACAAUGCUGUACCAUUUUCCUCCAUUUUCGGCCGCGUCAAUGAGGGCCUCAGCUGUCCUGUAUACGCAACAUUGCUGUGUGCAAUCUUCGCCACCGGCCUCGGCGCUAUCCCCCUAGGCAGUGACACAGCCUUCCUCGACCUAACAGGAUCCUUCGUGAUCCUCAGCACGACCUCAUACGCGAUCCCAUUCGCCGCAAACCUAUUCUCAGGCCGGAAGUAUCUCCCACGGGGUCCGUUCUCCCUGGCAUACUCCCUCCCCACGUCAGCCGCAAGCAUGAACUACAACAGCGUAAUCCUGGUCGGCGUGUUUGCCCUCUCGGCGCUGCUGUGGCUCGUCCACGGCAUGAGGAACUAUGCCGGUCCGCGCCUGACGGCUCUGUAUCACUAUGAUGAUGGCAACAACAGCAACAGCAACAACAUGAACAAGGCUGAUUAUCCUGAACCGUCCAGCUGUGGCGAGUCAAGGGAGAAGACGGCGGUGGUGGAGUCGUCGUCGGCAUCUACGGUGGCUAGGGCUGGAAACGUGGAUAUAUCUGCUAGAUGUAGAAUGAAUGAAUUAAUUGAUUGA